AUGUCGGAAUUCAGCCGCCGGCGCUCCUCUGGACGGUCCGCUCUGGGGUACUGGGUGCCGCUGGUGGUCACCGUUGGAGUAGCGACAGCCGGACUCGCAGCUUGGGUAUGGAGUGAGCGCCAGAGUGACGAUGAUGAUGAGGGAUUGAGCUACCAUGAUGAUAAUGCGCCCAUCACCAUGGACCCCGGGACCGGGGAUAACUACUCGAGGGGUGCCACAACCGCCACUGACGAUGGCAGCGUGAUAUCUCGUUUUCAGGGCGCCUGGCGUCGAACUCCCAGCCCGAAACAGCUUUUUGAUGGCGCAAGCCGGUCGGUUGUUGCAGGCGUCACUGCUGCGGGUGCUAUGGUCGGAGGUGCCUUAUCAUCUAUACGCGAAGAAGAACGAAGUGAGUAUGACGAUUACGACCAGCAGCACCCGCGGAACCACGAGCCGGCUGCCGCCCCCGACGCAUCUCGCGAGGGCCAGUCUAUGCCUGGCGCAUUGCCCACUGAUGCCACAGGUACCUCCCAGUCACGUCAAGGGCCGAAAAAGGUCAAGACGGUUGCCAUCGUGGUAUCUUCCGUUCUGCCUGAUUCGGAGAUCGACGAGCAUGUCUCGGGUCAUGCUUCAAUCCUAGCGCACCUUCCUGAGUAUAUUGAACCCGAAACGGCUCGCGUUUUCGUCCUCAUCUAUGCGCCAGGUGUACAUCCUUCUGGUGCCGUAGGCUUAUCUAGGCCAACGCUGUCGAUAACUUCUUCCUAUUCCAACAUUGCAUCUGAAGAGGCUGCUGGCGCAGAGUCUGGUGAGAUCAUGCCUCUCACUGCCGUUGACCCCGACCCAACAUCCGACGAACCCCAGCAACCUACCUCUCUCUACCAUACUCUUUAUACUCAGGCCCAGGCAAUCGUGGACAAUGAGACGAUGAUUAUGCCAUUCAGCACGCCUGGUGGCCAUGUUCACAUUCUCCGCCAUCUUUCUCCUGAGAUCGUGUAUAUCCAGGAGAGCCUCACUGGUAACAUCGGAGAGAGCGUCAACCAGAUCUCUGGAUGGGUCCGCCAGGUUGUUGUGGUUAUAGGUGACGAAGGUGGGCGAGGUGGUCUCGUCGAUAGUGAAGACGAAUCCGCCGUUGCUGACAAGGGAGAACGGUGGUGGCAGAAAGAGGGUGUCACUGGCCUCGGCAAACGAAUCACUGUCGUUGACGGAGUCCGGAUUGGCGAGGAAUGGAAACGACGGGUUUGCGGUCACGAAUGA